CACAGUCGCCUACAAUGACGUCACAACGCGGAAAUAUAACAAUCUGGUCGGUACUGCAGCGUUGCUGUACACACGCUGUUAAAACCGUCGGAAGUUCUUUUUUAUUCCACGUUGAGCCCGAUGUCCGCUCCCUCUGACGACCUGAUCAGGCAGUGGGAAAGUGAGCAGGCCAGUCUGAGGCAGCGGGUGUUGGAGGAGGACACUGAGGACUGGCAGAGGGAACCGCACUUCUCGGGCCUGGAGCGAGUCGGAGGAGUGGACCUGUCGUUCAUUAAAGGAGACAACGUCAAUGCCUGCGCUCAGCUUGUGGUCCUCAGCUUCCCCGAUCUGGAGGUGCUGUAUGAGGACAGUCGCAUGGUGACCCUCACAGCCCCCUACAUCGCCGGCUUCCUGGCCUUCAGAGAGACACCCUUCCUCCUGGAGGCUCUCCGGCGGCUGGAGAGGAGCCAGCCUGCGCUGCUGCCACAGGUGGUGUUUGUGGAUGGAAAUGGGCUCUUUCACUACAGAGAGUUCGGCCUGGCGUGUCACCUGGGCGUGCUGUCAGGGCUGCCCUGUGUGGGCGUGGCCAAGAACCUGCUGCAGGUGCAGGGCGUGUCCAAGAGCCAGGAGCACCAGGCACAGAUCGCUGCUCUACAGAGAGGAGGAGACAGCUUCCCACUCACCGCCGCCUCAGGCAGAGUGCUGGGAAAGGUGUGGUCCUUUGGCCUGAGCCCGACCUCGAGCAGGAGCUGCAGCGUGGUUUCUCUCUCUCUCUCUCUCUCUCUCUCUCUCUCUCUCUGUCCAUGCAUGCAGCGUGAUGGUGAUGGUUUCUCUCCACAGACCUCUCUCUCUCCCUCUCUGUCCAGGCGCUGCGCAGCUCCGACGGCAGCUCGAAGCCCGUGUACGUGUCUGUCGGACACCGGAUCAGUGUGGACACGGCUGUUCGCCUCACGCACGCCUGCUGCCGCUACCGGGUCCCUGAACCCAUCAGACAGGCUGACUUUCGCUCCAGAGAAUACCUUCGCAAACACUUCCCAGCUGCAGACGCACCAGUCACUCAAUGAGCAGAGACCCGGCACCGUGAGCAGAGACCCGGCACCGUGAGCAGAGACCAGGCAGCAGAGACCCGGCAGCACCGUACAGACGCUCUGCAGCCUCCUGCCCCGUGCUCCGGCUGCUCAAACACCUCCCAUGCGCUGCAUCAGACCAGUGGUUCCUUUCCCUGAAGCUUACGCAGACGAAUCAAUUGCGGGCUGAUCUGUUGUUGUUGUGAUGAGGGCACGUGUUGGCAGAAGAGCAGCUGGACGGCAGCAGAGGCUCAGCAGCUCUGGCUCUCAUUGAGGGGCUCUCGUGUGAAGUCCGUGGGGCCACUGUGCGGCUCCAGUCAGCGGCGCCGCUUGGCUCCGGCAGGAGUGGGAUUAAUGCUCGCAGAAGCCGCUCCUUCGGCGACUGGAGGCUUUAAGCUUCAACCAUAUUCCCACCUUAGCUUUGUGCUUGAACACUGAACUUUGAGCUGAACUCCUCAGGGAUCAGCCCCAGACGACGACUGGAUUCCUGAUCAGAAUCUUAACUCAGACGCCGGGUUUGCUGUUAAGCAGCACAAAGUCACAGUCUGUUCAUUCGUCGCUCGUACACACUUAGAGAGACAGUCUCCUUUAAGGAAAAGGACACCUCAGCACUAGCAUGGUACUACGGUGUGUAGUAGUACUACAGUAGUAGUAGAAGUACUACGGAACCUAGAUGUAUUCUCACCGUGGUCAGAACUGCCCCGACGGAGCAGCACUGUCAGACAGCCAACGGUUUUGGUCCAGUUGAAUAUCUGCUUUUCUUUGCCUCUGGUUAAAAUUAGACUGUCUCAUUGCUGUAUUGCAGCCGUCAGGAGCAAUAAUGCGGAAAUCCUGAUUUACUGAUGUUCAUACGGUCCACAAAGGAACAAAUGUGGUCCUCAGGUGAUGUAAGACAAACCCUAACAGGGGGAGUAGACCCAUAGACCAAACAUUUGUAAUCAAAGCUUAAAUAAAAAAUAUACUACAAUAUACUACUACUAACGAAAGGCGCUGCAUAUCCACAAUAAUCUAAACAAUCUGGUUCCUAUAACUGAACUAAAAGAUUCUAGUUAACCUCUAAGCAGGUUAACUAGAAUCAAGACUAUACAAAAUAAGCAUAAUGUAGCAGCUGAACAAACCUGUUCAGAAGUAAACAAUGCCAACACCACGUAACCUACCCAGCAGAACAGGGAGAUCUCACCUCUCCCUGUUACAUGAACCAGAACCCACGGCUGCAGCUCACAGAUGAGCCUCUCGUCUGUGCCGUGACGUCCCCUCAGUAGCUGCAGGCUCCUCUACUGUAACACACGUACCUGUAACUACAACACCAGCAUCAGAGUGAUAUGAGAGGAUUAGCGUUGGAGCAGUGAUGCCCGACUGCUUCACUGUCUGCGUGCUGCUGUUCACUGGAUGCACACGUAGCAGCACAUGGUGCAGACGGUGCUGCUGGUUAUGGCAGGAUGUAACAGAGGAGCCUUCAUCUCUGUUCCUUCAGUGUCAGGCCUCCUGCUUUAUCAAACCCCGUCUCUCUCCCUCUCUGGACGCCUCUCCCUUUCCUCCCGCCUCUUAUUCUGCUCUCCUCCAACUCAUUUUCUCCUGACGCCUCUCUUUUUCUCUCCACCUCGCUGCCAUCGCUCACACUCUGCCUCCUCUCCAUCACCUUCCUUCUGCGGUGCACAGCUGUCAGACAUGGCAGUGAGUCGUAUCGGGCCGGCCAAUCAAAAUUCGGUUUGAUGGGGCAUCUCCUCAGAGCGGCUGCAGGCUGCGGGUGAGCAGCUGCCUCGGAGCAGAGGGAGCACACCUCACUGAGCUCUGAGCGCUCACGUUUCCCGAUUAGUCGGGCCCUGAAGGGGUCGUCAGGUCACGUGAGGCCGACCGACGGCGAAGGCUGGACAAAGUGCAGCAGGCUCAUAUCAAGGGGCACUUAGUUUGAGUCUUUACAGCCCACAGCGUCUGUCUGCCCUGUAACAUACUGUUGACUUUGCCUUGGACUGCUGGGAAAGGGCUAAUAUUAGACAUUGGGGAAGGAGCCAGUGGGAUCAGCGUCAAGCUGCUGGUGGAGCCACUGCCAGAACCAGCCUGACUACUGAUUAAAGGAGUCCAGCACGGAGUAGCAUACUACUACUACUAUUACGACUACUACUGUUAUUACUACAGUACACACUUUACUAGCUUGUCCCAUCUGGUAAUGAAUAAUUACCACUACAGAACAACUAUCCACCACCAAGAUCCAGAUUCCACCAUCUAAUUUUCAAUGAGGUCCUGACAAGUUCCUUCUUGUUGUCAGAUACAUAGAUAUAUAUUUAAAAAAUGAACUUGUCUGUUAGUCGGUGCCAUUUGAAUCCUGAGGACACGCCUCCUGACUUCAUCUGUCACCAGCUGCAGGUUUGUGGUUGAUGCUGAGUUGGGUCCCGGCUCAGUUGGGUCCUGCUCUGACGCCAGUCAGAACACAGUUAACGUCACACAUCAUCAUCAUCAUCAUCAUCACAUGCACUUCAAAUGCUGUAUGCGGUUAAAUACUGUAGCUGAGGAGCACACAAAGUAGAAGUACCACUUUAAUGUAGCAUAAAUCUGAAGCGUAAGGAUUGGGCUGCAUUUGUUCCAUGAGCGGGUUAUAAUGAAGGUUUCUGCAGAAAGCCCGGUUGUUCAGGUCUGAUUGAAAUAUGUACAGUUUUCUUCCACCAUUACAUCGGUUCAGCAGAGACCUUGUUUUUGAAGCGUGCAGCAGCUUUAUGCUUUCUGUGAAAUAUGAGAGCGGUAUUGAUCCUUUAUAAAUAAAAUAAAAAACUCAUGUCAGACUCUUCCUUUUAGGGGUUCAGAAUUGUUCUAUUCCCGAGAAACACACAGUGUCAGUUUUAUAAAAGCUGAUGAGAAGGUAAUUGUCUGCACAGCAUCUCGUUUGCUGGUGGUGAAUGUGAAUGCUGUGUUAUGCUGGAGAUGUGCAAAGCCAGGUAGAAAUAGUGAUUUGAUGUUGUACUUUAUUUCCUUCCUGCCAUCUGUGACCUUGUGCGCAUCAGUUAAAAUGAGUCUGCAACUCCGGCCUGCUGACAGAUCCUUGGCCUCUCUGUUUUUGUUCCUACCUACACACACACACACACACACACACACACACACCCUCACAUAGCGACUCCAUCCACCAUGAUUCAUCUCUCUGGCAGUGUGAAGUGUAAAGGAGAUUAUUACCAGUGAAGGGCUCAGCCCCCCUGAAGAUCUACUACCCUCCUGUCUGCCCUGCAGUGGAAACGGGGAAAUAUUGCUAAUGUUUACAGCCCUGCAACUGUGUGUGUAUAAGUGUGUGUGUGUGUGUGUGUGUGUGUAUUCACGUUACAUAUACUAGUAAUGCCUGAGGCCUGACCAGCAUGGUUAAGCAGCUCCCGGCCUCGUUUCCCACCUACAGAUAUGCUGACUUCAGGGUGUUCUAUGUGAAUGGUUCCGUAUGCAUGCAUGCAUUCAUGGUGGUGUGUGUGUGUGUGUGUGUGUGUGUGUGUGUGUGUGUGUGUGUGUGUGUGUGUGUGUGUGUGUGUGUGUGUGUGUGUGUGUGUGUGUGUGUGUGUGUGCAUGUCAUGGUGUGAAGUUUUAUUUUUGCACCUCAGUAAAUCCACAGGCACCUUUCCUCUCAUAUAAAACCACAGCAACACAAUCCCAGCACCACUGAAGCCAGUGUUUCAUGAGAGGGAAGCUGAUUUAAACAUACACUGUGCCAUUUAUAACACAGUCUCUGAUUAUGUGCUAAUGAGCUGUGGUGUGGUUCAUUUUGCACUAUAUCAAGACUCUACUAGUGCAGCCUGAGAUCUGAGCAUUAGCUGCGGUUGCAGCGUGGACAUGGACGAGGUGCUGCAGAGACCACGCUCUCAUCGUUUGGUGAUGUCACAAUGGAUUUAAAUAAACACUAAGUCAAAUCUGACACACAACAGGUCAUGGGCUUUAAUUCUACUGCAUCCAAACAUUAAAAGCGUGUGAUACCGUAAUGUAAAUCUCUGCAGCAAUAAUGACCCCAAUAAUAGACAAUCACACUAUUAUCUGCUUGUUGAGCUUUUAUGCUGCACUGGGAACAUGAGCUGGACAUGUGUUACAUACAUUCUCCCAGUAACUGCUUUUCUGUAACCA